CAUAACCUGGAACUGUCAUCGGUGGGAGGAUGCACGAAGGUAUCAAAAUAAGCUUUGCUGGCGGUGUGGUAUCAUCGAUCAAACAAUUUCGCAUUUCUUGAGUUAUGAUUCGUCAGUACAGGAAGUAAUUAACAAUGGAUAAACCACGGAUAUUCGCUCAUAUUGAAAAAAGCUUGAAUUACACAAUCUUCGAUGUAAAAUGGGUUCCGUGCUCCGCGAAAUUCGUUGUUAUUGGGUCCAAACCAAAUGGAACCGGCAUCAUUCAAAUGUACGAAUUAAACGGCACCGAAGUGGAUUUGAUUAAAGAAAUUGAGAAAAAGAACUCUCUCAAAUGUGGGUCGUUUGGUGUUUCAAGUUUGAGGAGUCGUCAUUUAGCCGUUGGUGAUUUCGCCGGACGUCUUCAGAUAUUAGAUUUAGAACGUCCGGAAAUCCCAAUAUACAACGUUGAAGCGCACACAGCUAUCGUCAACUCUCUAGACGCGAUCGGCGGAACCCAGUUGAAUUGUGGUGCACCUGAAGUCGUAACCGGCAGCCGCGAUGGAGCCGUUAAAGUAUGGGACCCACGACAAAAUGGGGCACCAGUGGUCGACAUUAGCGCGAAACCUGUUGAAGAGGGAGGAAGCGGUGCCCGAGAUUGUUGGACCGUGGGAUUCGGCAAUUCACACAAUAAUGAAGAAAGAUGCGUCGUUGCGGGCUAUGACAAUGGCGACCUGAAACUUUUCGAUCUGCGACAACUUAAGGCAAUUUGGGAAACUACAGAAAAGAACGGGAUUUGUGGCGUGGAAUUCGAUCGACGUGAUAUUCCGAUGAACAAACUGGCGGUAUCGACCCUUGAAGGUGGAUUACAUGUUUACGAUAUGAGAACACAACACCCGAUAAAAGGUUUUGCAUGUGUGACUGAGAAGAAUGCUGGACGUUCUUUGGGUACAAAUGGAGUGAUAACGGGGCCAAAAGCUACUGUUUGGUGUGUGAAGCAUUUACCGCAAAACCGUGAUAUAUUCGCAUCGUGUGGAGGCACGGGCUCAGUGCGACUUUGGCAGUACGAAUAUCCAGCUAAGCGGACUAAGGAUUUAGAAGACGGAGGACGUAUAGGCGUACCUGGAACUCUUAAUAUGUUACACGCUGUUACAAUGUCGGGACAACCCGUGCACUGCUUGGAUUGGAGUCCGGACAAAAUGGGUUUAGGUGUUUGCGGAUCUUUUGAUCAAACUGUGCGAGUUUUUGUGACAACGAAAUUAAAUCUCUAUUGAAAAUAAAAUACAGAUAUCUGUUACCUAAAAUUAUUUA